AUGAGUGCAUCCAAACCCCAGGAAAGUGGUGAGGUGAGAUUCGGACACUCUCUGAAUAAGAAGGAGGAAGAGUUUGUGGCCAGAAGGAGCAACACUGUUUUACAAUGCCUGCAGAAGUUUAAGAUACGCUGCAGUCAGGAUGCGGUGCCAAACAUUGCAUUACUGGGUUCUGGAGGAGGACAAAGAGCCAUGGUGGGUUUGCUGGGAUCUCUGGUUCAGCUUGAUAAAGCGGGUCUUCUGGACUGCAUCCUUUAUCUGAGCGGAGUCUCUGGAUCCACCUGGUGCAUGGCCUCCUUAUACAAAGAACCAGACUGGUCCACCAAACUAGAGACCGUGAAGAACAAAAUCAUCAGGAGACUCAGCGGACCAGGAGUCAGAUGGACAGACGCAUUGGCCAAACUGAAGAAUUAUUACUAUGAGAAAGACAUCUUCAGCUUGACUGACGUCUGGGCAGUGAUGCUUGUCACAUCAUAUGUGAAAGAGGCCACUCUGUGCAGCAGUGUUUUAGCUAAUGAAGAGGAGAUCUGGAAGUGGAUAAAAGAUCCACACUCCCCACCUAUAGAUGAAUGUUACCAGGUGCUCUUGAAGCUUGUGGACAUGAACCUCGAUCUGUUGAAAGGCACUGAUCCUUCUGCUUGUGAUCAAUUCAUCAGAACAACACUGACCGACCUCUCUGGAGGCCAAAGGCCGCUGAUUCGUCAAUUAGAAAAACUGAACGAUGAUAAAACUGCUGGUAAAAAAGCAGCAAAACAGUACGUGAUGCAGUACACCGUGGAUGUAUGCGACUAUUUCAGUUUGGAGCUCAAGCUCAAUUCCUGGUCAUUUGAUCUUUUUAAGAGCAUUUGUAGAUGCAUGUCUCAGUGGAUCUGGGGCAGGCAUUAUAACUUCCUCCACAACAUGACAGAUGAUGCAGUGCCUGCCGCUCUUCUGGAAAGUGAGACGAGAGACUAUAUAGACGCCGGACUGUUGCUGAACUCACCCUACUUUUCAGUGCUGAGAGAAGAAAGAGACAUUGACCUCAUAAUUUCCCUGGAUUUCAGUGACGGCGAUCCUUUCAUGACAGUGACGCAAACCGCUGAGACCUGCAAGAAACUAAAGAUCCCUUUCCCUGAAGUCAACAUUCCCAGUGAAGACGUGGAGAAACCAAAGGACUUCUAUGUGUUCAAAGGCCAAAACGCUCCAACCGUGAUUCAUAUCCCUCUGUUUAAUGUGGUCAACUGUGGAGAUAAAAUUUAUGCCUGGAGGAAGAAAUAUGGAACCUCUCGGGUUCCUUACAGCGCUGAGAUGAUCGCUGAACUUAUGCAGGUCUCUGGGAAAAACUUCACAAUCAACGGAGCCAAACUGCUGGAGCAGAUUUGUGUGGUCGCGGUGGCUAAAUAUUUCCAGGCACAAGCACGGCAAAUUUAAAGUUGGCUUGAAAUUCAAUCUGUUUUUCUAAAUGCAUUUCA